AUGAGCUCAGACGAAGAAAAGUAUAACCAAACAAUGAUGUACAGUGGGAUCUACUACAUCUCAUUAACAUCAUUGUUUUGCAUUUUCCCCAUUCUAGCCGACUUCUUCAAUGGCUUCUGUGAAGGAAAAUUUUGGUUUCCACCCAAGUAUUUCUCUCUUAACGUAGUUUCCAUCACUGCAAUAAAUGUCCUGAUUGUGAUGAAACUCCCUAUGGGUUUUUAUAUUCAGGGCCAAGUAGCCAAGCUAGGAAGCAUGGCGACUAUGGCGUUCAUGUCCACCAUGGUGGCUAACAUGCUCCCUUCUUUGGGAUAUAUGGACAACAAGACACUUGUUGAUACUGUCAUAGGUUUUACUAUUCCAAUUAUCCUCGUAAUUGUGGAUAGUUUUAUGGAGUUUAAUUAUACAGGUGUUAUUAGCCACGUGAAUUUAGCAUACACCCUCAUCGCUAUGCUACUCUUCUUACUAAUAAUUUUGAUUUCUGCUGCGAUAGCAACUCCUUCUCUUAAGCAGAUUUUAGAGGCCCGGUAUCAAGCCACUAGCCAAAGAGUGUCAAGAAAUCAACGUCCAGAAGAUAGAUUCAAUGUCGAGAAGCUGAGAGAAUAUGUGAAAAUACAUCUAAUCUUGGCAGAAACUUGCGACCCUCAGUUUGCUUUGGCUAGUAGUCCAUUAUCCUCUACUUCUGGCUUAAUUUGCUUACUUGUUUUACUCAUCUACAUACCUGUGGCUGCGUUAGUAUUGAUAAACAGAUCAUGA